CGGCUAUCCAAGCCCAGUCUUUGUUUGGAUAUCAGCCAUGACAUUGCCACGAUUUGUCGUCGCACUCUGCCUAAUCGCUGGACUUCUGAGUGGCAUUUCUGUGGCGACGCCAGAGCAGUUCAUAGUGGGUGGACAGAAUGCCGCCGAGGGCGAUGCCCCGUACCAGAUCUCGCUGCAGACGCUGCCGGGCAGUCAUCUGUGUGGCGGAGCCAUUGUCGCGGAGCGCUGGAUACUCACCGCUGGACACUGCGUGAAGGGUUAUCCGGCGGACAGGCUCCAAGUGGCCACUGGCAGCAUUCGCUAUGCGCUGCCCGGCGCCGUAUACCAUCCGGAGUCCAUUUACCUGCACUGCAACUACGACACUCCCAAGUACCACAACGACAUUGCCCUGCUGCGGCUGAACGAGAGCAUUGUCUACGAUGCACUGACCCAGCCCGUGGCUCUGCCCACUGCAGCCUUUCCCCAGGGCACAGCGCAGCUCCUCUUCACUGGCUGGGGCUCACAGUCGGCGGCUGGCAGCCAUCCCGCUCAGCUGCAGCGUGUCCAGCAGCAGCACAUCACCAGCCCGGUGUGCGCGAGUCUGCUCGCCGCCUACGAGGAUGUGCAGCUGGGCGCCUGUCAUGUGUGCGCAUAUCGGCAGACGAACAUUGGAGCCUGUCACGGCGACUCGGGCGGACCCCUGGUGUACGAGGGCAUCCUGGUGGGCAUCCUAAACUUCUUUGUGCCGUGCGCCCAGGGGGUGCCCGAUCUAUUCAUGAGUAUCAUGUACUACAGGGACUGGAUGCGGCAGACCAUCAGCGGCAAUGGAAAAUGUGCCGUGGUCCAUGAGCAGCAAAUUGGCUAAAUAAAUAUAAGAAAAAAA